GAUUAUUUUUAUAAUCUUAGUUUAUAUAAAUAAGUAAUUGUCAUCAUAUUCAUUUCGUUCAUGUAUUUAAAUCAUCUCAAUGGGUAUUCUGUGUUACAUGUAUUGAGAUAUGCCUUAUCUGGGCCUCAUCUGUUGUUUAUUUAUAACCCAGCCUCGUUUUCAGUUUCACCAUCUUUGCGUUCGUAGCCAUUGUGGAAAUUUGUUAUAUUUUUUAUCAACCACCAUCCUUACAUUUACUAAGGGAAUUAUUGCUAAAUCAUGAUUUUUCAGUUAGUGUGACAUCAGUUCUGUCUUCCUGUGAAACGAUUUUAUGUUUUCACGCGUUGUUUUGUGACUUAUUGAACUUUAACUUUUGACCUAAAAGUUAUGUCUACGGUUCGUCGAACAAGGAAACAAACAAACUUGACCAUGUCAAAUAGUGACAAUCCCAGUAACUGGACGGUCGCCGAACUGAAGAAAAAGCUGUCAGAUAAUGGAAUAAACAUUAAUGUGAACCUAAGUCACAGCAUUCUGAAAAGGAUUUAUGUAGACAAUGUUUUAUCCGUUCAGGGUCAGCAAGCAUCUGCAGAUGGUGAUCGCAAUCAAGCUAACAUUACCAAUGAUAUGCAAACUGUGGAUAACCAUGAUAUUUCUACCAUGCGUAACUCUGUGCUAUAUUCAGGGGCACCCACUCCUUCUGCUAAUAUAGCCGAGGGUGCACGCGCUUCAAACAUCGAAGUCUAUCCGGAACCAGGAAUUCCAGGCGGUAGAAGUUCGUCUUUUACUUCACUUCCGCCCAGCUCAACGCUUCCUACAAUGGCUACAUCAACAGUUACCACAUCUGCGAUGUCAGAAUCCGUUAUUCUUAGUACUUUGCAAUUGUGUCAGCAGGCCAUAACAUCAUUAACUCAGUCAAACAAGACCAAUGAAGCUAAAUACAGUCUUCAAACAGCCAUGUCAACGAACGCUGGGACUCCUGCCGUGAAUAUAUCUGAGGUAGACAUGGUUUCGCCAGAACUACGUGCUGAUAUCCUGGCAGGUAAGGACGUGAAUCUCAACAUGUUAUUAAUCCCCAACUACACAACCCCUUCCCAGAAGAAAAUUAAAGAAAAUGACGAACGCCUUACACGCAGUCUAUCUUUAGAUGAGUUCAUUGUGGCAUUUGGAAGGUACAAAAAAAUCAUGUGUUCUGCCUUUCCCAACAGGUCUAAUGAGUUAGAUGGUUAUCUCUCACACAUUAUAGAAACUGCUAAUGUAUGGCCUGACAAAUUUUACGAGUACCAUCAAAUGUUCUCGAGUAAAUGCGCAGCUAUGCUUCUACAGCAUAACAUUAAAAUUGACUGGGCUAAAGGAGAUUUUGAACUAAGAACUUUGAUUUGUGCUGGGUCUUCUGUCAAGUCGUGUGAUGUUUGUGGCUCUAACAUUCACUCCUCAGGUAUGUGCCCACAUAGAAACGCAAAAAGACAAAACACUCGUCCUCAUUCAGGGUUUAAAGUGUUUCGUCAACAGAAAGAUAUUCAUGGCAGAGAAAUUUUGUUCCACGAUGGUGAACAAAUUUGUAAUAAUUACAACUCCACAAAAGGUUGCAGCAAACCUUAUUGUAGAUACGCUCACACUUGUACAGCUUGCAAAGCAAAUGGACAUCCCAGAUUUUCAUGUCCUCAAACACCUAAAUCCAUGAAUGAAUCUAAACAAAAAGCUACUAUAGUCUGUCCCACCAAGUUACUGUAA